GGAGAGUGGUAGGCACUAGGCAGUCCGCGCGGCGGUAGGAUACUGCGGGAUGGCCAUCGCUCUGCGCUGGUGAACGGGCGCGGCCGGACCAGUCUGGAGCAGAGGUACACCUUUGUCUUUCUUACGCCUUUGGAGAAUGUCUGAAGCGCUAAUGUCGAAUGCUGUGAAAUUUUCUUGUAGUCAUGGCGCUUGAAAUGACAAAGAGCCUCAUCCGCUCCUGUGUUGUUUCUUCGAAGAAAGGACUGACAGUGCAUCAGCUGGAGCGCGAUUUCGAGGACCUGGUGGGGUCACGAAUACCAUUUCAAGAGCAUGGGUAUCCGAGUUUGGAUCUGUUUCUUCGCGCCAUUCCGGACACUGUUCGGCUGACGGAGCUCGGUAGGGAGACUCUGGUGGAGCACGUUCAUGACGCCAGCGUGGCCCGGAUCGCCUCUCUGGUCAGCAGACAGAAGGGGACGCCCAAGAAAGGCACGGUGGCCAAACUCGGCAAGAUACCGAGAAUCAACCCUCGACCAGAACCAGCGCCGCGGACGCACAAUCUCCAGUCAGGAGGCGCUCCGUCCAAGACCAUUCCUGCAACUACCCACUACAGUCAAAGCUCGUCUCAGCCGGGUCGGAGCGGCGGCAUUAUCAGCGGCGGUGUGCCGCAGUCGGGAGGGACGCCGACCGACCCCCGCAGCACUAUGGAGAAGUCUCCGCGAACGGGAGGUAGCAGCGCCGAAUCCGAGGGCAGCCGUUCUCUAUCGACAGCCGCCCCCUCGAUGAGGCAGGCGCCCGCGCUCUGCACGCGACACCGGCCGCCGGACGUGUGCCGCCGCCCCUCCUGUGACGCCCUCCACAUCUGCCGGCUGUACGUGGACGGGUUCUGCCCGCACGGUGACGCCGCCUGCCGCUGGGGUCAUGUGAUGCUCUCAGCUGGCAACGAGGCGGCGCUGGCAACACACCAGCUGCAGGCGCUGCCCGAGCGCGAGCUGCUCUGGCUGGUGCGCGCCCUGAUGCGCCAGACGGCUCCAGUCACCGCCGAGGAGUACCGCAGCCAGCUGGUCGUCUGCCCAGAGUACGCCGCCGACGCGCGCUGUCGGCGAUCCGACUGUUUCCGGCUUCACCUGUGCCCACGACUGGCGGCCGGCGAGUGCGGCGCCGGCGACUGCUGCCGCUGGAGCCACCGGCUCACCGACCCGGACAACGUCAUGGUGCUGCUGCGGCUGCGCUGCUCCGAGCUCAGCGAGGCGGAGGUACUCGCCCGGCUGACGCUACCAGCGAGCGUGCCAGACGGCGGCGUGCCUCAAACAAACGGCGUGGGAAUGAGUGAUUGUCUCAAUGGGCAAAAAUCGACCGAAAGCACUGGAAGCAGCGACAUGACAUCAUCAGUAAGCAGCAGUAGCAGCGCAAAACGAGUCGUUGCGAGCGUACCCAACACAUGCCAGAAGCGACCACAAGAGGACAAGGGGUCUGGGGACUUAAAAGAGCUGGCGCAGAAACUGAACCUGUGUCAACUGAACAUUCCUCCCUCUCACUGUCCAGGAAACUGUGGUCAGCUUCAUCUUUGCCGUCUCUUUUUAGCGGACAUAUGUCCUCACGGUAACAAGUGCAACGGUGGGCACAAGCUGCUCACUUCUUUGCACAACUCCAAGGUACUGAACGAACGUGGAAUGGAUGAAAUGUCGGAGGAAGAACUGCUCGGUGCAAUCAAGACGGGCUAUCUCUCCCGGAGUCCGAUCACCGACCUGGAGCGUUGCUUUGCUCUUCAAGUUUGCCCCCAGUACCAGAACAAGGGAUGCGGGGAGAACUGUCCGCGUCUUCACAUAUGUGAGGGAUAUGUGGCGGGGACGUGUGCGAACGGCAGUGGGUGUGGACUGUCACAUCAGCUCCACACUGGCACCAACGAUCGGAUCCUCAGGCGGAUGGAGCUGAACCUGUUGCCUCAUCGCCAGCUUAUGGAGCUGCUGAAGGCACGCCCGACUGCAAGUGCUGCUCGGAAGAGCAUUGGCUCUAAAGGAACGUCAGCUGGUCCUCCAAGUGAUGCAUCUGUCUCCGUCAAAGGCUGCUCUGAGAGUGACGGCUCCAGCGAACCGCGUCAAGCAUCCAAAGAGGCAGAAACUCUCCCACUCACCGAUGCAAAACAGUCUGCGCUUGAAGUGUGCCUGUGUUUGUUUAAUGUCUAUCCCUCACGCUGCCCAUUGGACUGCGGGAAGCUGCAUCUGUGUCGCCUCUUUGUGGCGGGGAUGUGUCCAUUUGGCAAAAAGUGCUCAACUGGACACAAAGUCAUCAGUUCUUCACACAAUGCUGCCGUGCUAAAAGAACGAGGGCUUGGCGGAUUAUCUGAAGAGGAAGUGUUGGAUGCCAUCAAGAAAGGAUACCUUUCUCGAACCCCAAUCACCGAUCUGGAGCGUCGCUUUGCGCUUCAGAUUUGUCGCGCUGCCCAGGCCGACAACGGUCCGUGUGAAAAGGAGGACUGCUUGCGCCUGCACAUUUGUGCUGAGUAUGUGGCCGGAACUUGCGGGAACGGUGGUGGGUGUGGGAUGUCCCAUCAGCUCAGGUCUGGCAACAAUCUCGUCAUCCUCAAACGCCUGGGGCUAAAUAUUAUGCCUCACAAGGAGCUCUUGGAGCUCUUGCAGAACCCGCCUAUGGCCAAGGAUGUUUGGCAGAGCCUUUUCUGUAGUGGCGCAUUGACGACCGUCUCGAACGAAACUGCCUCCGCACUGGAGCCGUCCCGACUCCAGACAAACAAGCCUGUCCCGACAACGACGACGACGACGACCAGUGCCGCUCUCGGUGUCGCUGAUGACGCUCCGACGUUGUGUGCAGUUCACUCAUCCGGCGGUCGCUGUCAGCGCGACGACUGUGACGAGUUCCACGUCUGCGGCUUCUACCUGGCCGACCUGUGUCGCCGGCCGGACAGCACCUGUCCACUGGGGCACAGUUUCGACACGGCACGCAAUCGGCGCGUGCUGGAGCGCUGGGCACUGGAGGGCAAGUCUCCAGAGCGCUGUCAGGAGAUGAUCAACAAGAUGUCGCAGCGAGCACACAUCACAUUCCCAAACGGCGCUGAGAAGAGCGUGCGCAUGUGCAUCCCGUACAACUCAAGAACUGGUUGCAGCACCGAUUGUGGCCAGUUCCACGUGUGUCACCGCUUCCUGGCGGGCACUUGCAAGGGAUCGAGCGUGUGUCCUCUGCGGCACGCGUUCGGUGGACGACACAAUCAGAACUUGCGAGACUCUCUGGGUCUGGUGGCGACCGUGGGGCUGGAUGGCUCCUUGUCUCCGGUGACGGACCGGGAGCUGACCGAGUUGCUGCGGGCUCGACUCGGUGUCGCCCCCGGGGUGUACACAAAUCUCACUGAGAACACACCUGCGCGCGGCGGUUCCAAGCCCCCCAUGUCGCCGCCGGCCGUGUGCCGCAGUCUGGGCGCCGGCCGGCGCUGUACGGACGCCGCCUGCCCCGCCGUUCACGUGUGCCCGCACUUCCUGGCGGGCGCGUGCCGCCGGCAGCGCUGCCCGCUCGGCCACCGGCUGGACACCGAGCCGAACCGGCGCGCACUGCGGCUGACCGGCCGCGAGGUGACCCAGCACAACCAUGACGCGCUGGUCAAGGAGCUGUACAAGGCGGCAGGAAACGUCAGGAGGUCCGAGGUCUAUGACAAACUGCGGCUCUGCAUCCCCCAUAACAGCCAAGGAUGUAGUGUUCAAGGCUGUGCAAAGAUACACAUCUGCCAAAAGUUCGUGGCUGGAUCUUGCAAAGAAACUGCUUGCGACCUGGGCCACGUGGUGGGAACACCAGCCAAUAGGAAGAGGCUCUGUGCUCUGGGCCUGCAAGACGCUGAGGUGGAAGAUGUUUUGGAGAUGCUGCGCGCAGUUCAUGGUGUGCGCUCAGCCUACACGGUGUAACAGGUGCCGUCUCCCGAUAGAUCAUCAAGAACAGCUCUUAUUCGACCAAUCGACCAAUUCGUCGACCAAUUCUCAUUCAAUCAAUCUAGUUAACUGAAAUUUUGGUGAUAUCUGUAGCCGUUUACUAAUUACAAUGUCUGCUGGUGAUCAUAACAUUUGUCAAUGCCGGUCGACAACAGAUUUUGUUUGCAGAACCGAGAACGUUCGGAUAUUGCAUUGAGCAUGCAAAAUGUAUGUUAUUUCACCGAGGACUGAGGAACCACUACAAUUUGGAAUAAUACUAACCAGUGGGCAUUGACAUUUAUUGGAGAUGAAAAGUUUCAGCGAGGCUGCUCAAAAUUAUCUGGAAAAUCGUGAGCAUCGCUGUUUAUCCUCGUUUCUUGUCUUUACGGUUGUCUUGUUAUGAGAUGGAGUGACUUCGCUCGGCUGUAGUGUAUUAUCUCUUUUGAAAGCAUCGCAACUCGAAAGUAUCCUUCUCGCUCCCUGGUUUGAGGGCGCCUAGCUUUUUAGGGCUGGCCGCUUGGCCGGCCCGUGAAACCGUGAAAACAAUACGGGCCGGCCAAGUGGCCUACCCUCAAAAGCCAGGGGCUCUCAAACUAGCGAGCGAUAGCGGUACUUUCGAGUAGCGAUAUUUUUAAAGAGGGACUACGCAUGUGGUGUGUAGAGAGCUUUCUCUCCUUUUCUUUUCCCUGAUUUCGCUUAGAUAUGCGAAGAGAAGGUGCGUGAGCUCACGCUCAGUUAUGUGGAUAUUGUUUACUCGAAGCUUUCUGCAGUUUGCGGUAAUGUUAUGUUCUCGCGCUGUGGCGGAUGUUUUGAACAAUCAUCGCAGAUUCGCGCUUUAUCUGUGAUCAAGGCUGUUUUUAAAAGCUGAUUUUGAUGUGAUGUUGACCGUGAUCUCUUAAGUCAGGAAUUUGCGUUGAGAGGAACCGGUCUUCAAAACAUCGGUGAGGUAUCUUGAUCACUCAUCGCCAGAUCAAGCCUCAGGUAGUAGAUAGAUCGGGGGCACUUCGAUAGGGCAGCUCGGGUGGCUAUCUCUUUGUGUUUGGUAUCACUCACGUGUCCAUGUGUCGUGGAGUUUGUGCCAGUUUGCUCGGAAAUAGUCCUGCUCGUCUGGGUGUGGAUCGGCUGUGGUUGAUGGGAAAAUUAUGAAAACCUAGUGUUAUCCAUUGUCAAAGUUGUGAUAAAAGAUCGUCUGUGAUUCGAUGAGGCUGCCUUUUGAUCCAUGCGGAUCCGUGGAAUGGUGUUCGAUGAUGGCCGUGUGGAUUGGUUACAUGGACCGUGGUACCAAUACAGACUUCCAUAGCACUUAGCA